GUACCUGUUCCAUAGAUCCCUGACUCUCAAGCACAGAGCCACUAGUACAAGGAGCAGCCAAAAACCACCAUCUAUAUAUUUUUUUCUUCUUCAACCUUCUUCCUACUCGCUUUUUUCGCUUUACUCUCACUCUCUCUCUCUCUCUCUCUCUCUCUAAAGAGGAGGGGAAAAAAUUAAAAAAAAAAAAAAAAAGACUAAAGCUUCCAUCUUUAGCAACUUAACCUCUGUGUAAUCUCUUUCUCUGUUUUUCUUUUAUCGUAAUCUUCCUAAACUUGGUAUUCUUUUCUGGGUUUUGAGAAUCUUUUCGAUUUCUUUAGAAGGGAAGCUCCGAAUCUCAGCAGCUUGUAUGAACUUUCAAGUUAUCGAAGUUUCCAAACACUAUUUUUCUGCUUUUUUUUUUUUUUUUUUUUUUUUUUUUUGGGCAGGGUUUCGCUUCUAUUUGUUUAACUUUAUUGUCUAGCUAGUUUGUUUUCGGAUCUGGUAUGGAAUUCUAGGGUUUAUCUUUCGACAACCCAAGAUCUGCUUUUUCAAAUUGCUUCCCGAAUUUCUCCUUGUUUUUUGGAAAGUUGAAACCUUUUCUAGAUUCCUCAACUUAUGCGUUUGUGAAAAGGUCUCUGAGAAUCUUUUUUCAAAUGCUUCUUUGAUUAAUGCAUGUUUGGUCAUAGAAACCUCCACCUCUGCAUUUUCCCGUCUGGGUUUUCUCUCUCUUUGAACUUUCACGGAGAGAGAGAGAGAGAGACACACACACACACACACACACACACACAUACAAACAAAGACUCAUUGUUUAUUUAUAGGUGGCAUGUUUUGAUAUAAGCUUCAAUUGCACAGUAUAACCAUCCCUGAAACCCCCAACCAUGUAUAGAGGAAUUGAAGUUCUCUCUCCAGCCUCCUAUCUUCAGAACUCAAAUUGGUUGUUUCAGGAAAGCAAAGAAGCCAAAUGGACCCAUGAAGAAAACAAGCAAUUUGAAAAUGCCCUUGCUUUGUAUGAUAAGGAUACCCCAGAUCGAUGGCUGAAAGUAGCAGCUAUGAUUCCAGGAAAGACGGUAGGUGAUGUGAUGAAGCAGUAUAGAGAAUUGGAAGAAGAUGUUAGUGAUAUUGAAGCUGGUCUGAUCCCAAUUCCUGGGUAUUCCAGCAACUCUUUCACGUUGGAGUGGGCUAAUAAUCAGGGUUUUGAUGGGUUAAGACCAUAUUACAGUGUCAGUGGAAAGAGAGGCACAUCAACAAGGCCUUCUGAACAGGAAAGAAAGAAAGGGGUUCCAUGGACAGAAGAAGAGCACAGGCAAUUUCUGAUGGGGCUUAAAAAGUAUGGUAAAGGGGAUUGGAGAAAUAUCUCUCGGAAUUUCGUGACUACUAGGACUCCAACUCAGGUGGCUAGUCAUGCUCAGAAAUACUUUAUCAGGCAGCUUACCGGAGGGAAAGAUAAGAGAAGAUCCAGCAUCCAUGACAUCACAACCGUUAAUGUCCCUGACACUAAAUCUCCACCAUGUCAUACUAAGAAACCUCCAUCACCAGCUCAUUCUGCUAUGGUUAUGCAGCCACAGCAGCAUCCAAAAAAUAUUAGUGCUAUGGUUAAGCAGCAAUAUGAUUGGAAAUCACCAAAUGAAGGGAUGCCUAUGGUUUUCAACCCCACAAUUGGUAACACAUUCAUGGGACCAUUUUGUGGUAUAACUUCGUAUGAACCGAAGCUUGAGGCGCAGAAUUUCCUCGGUAGCAAUUUUCAUGGAUCUCAAUUGGGUUCUUACGGUACAAUUCUGCAGAUGCAAUCCCUGCAACAUCAGUGAACCUCUGUGCAAAGAGUGGAGAUGUUUUAGAAAUCUAGUGAAAAAAAUGGUGGUUUUCAUGUGAAUAUAUUUGAUGAGGACUUUGAGUUAGUCCCUAGUAAUUAGACUCUUAUAAAGUGAUCGAUCGCCUUUGUCCAUAUUCUUAUUUAAGAUUCAAAUUCUGAAUCAUUGAACCAAAUUGAUGAAGUUAAUCAAGUGAAAAGGUUGAGCUUUGAUCA